UCCGGAAGCAGCGAGUACACCUGGAGCAGCGGCUCGGACUCAAGUGGAAGCUCCUGUGUUUACGAGUCUGCGUCUUCUGGUGAGGGACUCGGCGGAAGUAAAGGUGCAGAGAGUUUCUCAUCGUCAGCGAGGGGGAGCAGCUAUUCCUACAGCGUGGUUGACCCUAGCAGAAGUUCAUCAGGUGCUCCGACUUCAAGCGAAGAAGAAGAAGCUGAAAGGGAAGUUGGGGACGCGCCAGUACAGCAAAGCUCGCUGUCACCUCUAGGUGACGACGCGCAGGAUGGAAACCAGCCUCCAAGCCAAGUUUUCUCAGAUGAGGUUGUUCCGAGUGAGC